AUGGGCCUGUUAGCGGACCUGCUUCAACCGCUAUACCGUGGCUGGGCAUUAACCGUGCUUCUUGCUGCUGUUGCCUACUCGUUUGUCCUCUCUCCUUACUACGCCAAGCAGGCGGCACUGUCCUGCAGCCUUCACGACUUCAAGGAUUUCGUUCUCGUCAGCUCUCGUGUCGUCACACCCAACGGAGUCAUCCCCGCUGCUAUCACUGUCCGCGACGGCGUCAUCACAGCCGUUCUGGAAGGCACAGCUGCAGAAUCUCGACCGUCCGGCUUACCCGUGCUGGACUAUGGUGAUGCUGUGAUUUCACCUGGCCUAGUCGACGUCCAUGUUCACCUGAACGAGCCUGGUCGGGAGGAGUGGGAGGGCUUUGUUACAGGCACACGAGCCGCUGCCGCUGGUGGUGUCACUGCGUUGGUGGACAUGCCUCUCAAUUCUUACCCCACCACCACCACCAUUGAAGCGUUUGCAAUGAAGUACAAGGCGGCUGAAUCUAAGAUUAUGGUGGACGUAGGGUUCUGGGCUGGCCUGGUGCCAGAGAACGCCAACGAUCCUCACCAGCUGCAACGCCUGGUUGAUGCUGGUGUACUGGGAUUCAAGUCCUUCAUGUGCCCAUCAGGCAUCAACGACUUUCCGCAUACCAACUCCUCCCACUUUGAGAGCGCCCUACCCGUCCUGGCUAAAGCCAAGCUGCCUCUGCUGAUUCACUCAGAAGUGGUUGUUCCCGAACCUGACUCCUCUGCACCUGCCUCUCACCCUAGCAGCAGCAAACACAGCAGAAGUGAUGAUAGCAGUGACAGUGGCAGCAGUAGUGAUGCAGAGGAGGGGCCUAUCAUUCGCCCUGUGGUGGGAAGUGAGGGGAUUUCUGAUGAUGGGGCCGGGAGCAGGGAAAGGACGGAGCCAGAGAAGAGUCAUGGAGACCCACGGGUGUAUGCAACCUACGAAGCUUCCAGACCUCCCAGCAUGGAGCGUGAGGCGAUCGCUCAGGUGCUGAGAGUGGCGCAGAAGACAGCAGCUGGGCAGCCGUGGGAGGGUGCACGGCUGCACAUCGUUCAUCUCGCUGACGGCCUCUCUGUGCCCACCAUCCAGGCAGCCAAGGCAGCAGGGGCAGCAGUGACAGUGGAGACAUGUCCGCACUACCUUGCCUUUGCAUCCUCUGACGUGGCACCUGGGGACACUCGCUUCAAGUGCGCCCCUCCCAUCCGCAGUGACAGCAACCGCCGCAUGCUAUGGCAGGCACUCAUGGAUGGGGGCAUUGACAUGCUUUCCUCGGACCACUCGCCCAGCCACCCGUCUCUCAAGAACCUGGAUACAGGCAACUUCCUCACUGCAUGGGGCGGCAUUGCAGGCCUGCAGCUAAGCCUGCCAGUGACAUGGACGCAUGGCCAGGCAUUCAACAUGUCCCUCGUGCAACUGGCGCGCUGGUGGAGUGAGGCACCCGCACAACUUGCAGGACUCCAGUCAAAGGGAUCAAUUGCACCUGGCAAGGAUGCCGACCUUGUGGUAUGGGAUCCACAAGCCUCUUUUACAGUGGGCGUGGAUGUUAAAGUGUUCCACCGCCACGCGGUGACACCGUACAACAGCAGCACACUGCAAGGGCGCAUCAUGGGCACGUAUGUGCGAGGAAACCUCGUGUAUGCAGGGGACAGGCAUGCAAGCAAGGCAUGUGGGGUAAGAUUACGCAAGUAG